GCUGCCCUCACCAAGAAGUUCUUUCUCUCGUCCUAGUAUCACUUAUCUCACAUGCUUAUCUGAAGCCACAUUUCAUCAUCUUCUUCUCCACCAAAAGCUCAUGUACACACCCAAGAGAGAAAAAAUGAAGAAAAUGGAUCUCUUCUGUGCAUCGCCAGCGUCCACUGCGAUAUGCACGAGCUUGGAACAACGUUCGAUGGUCCGACACGGAACCACUAGGCCCAUCGACCGCCACAGCCACCAUCACCACCACCACCACCACCAGCUUCGAGAUCGCCGGAAACACCACCUGAUCACCGGACACGUCCCUUGUUCCUCCCACCAACUGCCCUUCACCCCCAGGCCUUACUCCGAAAAGCCUAGGAAGAGCACUUGCUCGUCGUCCACGAAGCUAAUCACCAGUAGCGAUCACCACGAGUACUUCCGCAGGAGAAGCUCGGCUGACGUUUAUGACCUUGCGAGUGGCACCCCUUAUGGUUCGGCCAGGUAUUUACUGAGCGACAAGCCCUUCGUCGACUGGGUUUCCGAGUCGGGUCGGGUCUCGUCCGCGUUGGUACCCGUUCCACAGGUCGAUAACAAAACAAAGUGCCAGGUCGGGUCCAAUAAUUCUCCAUCGCUCAAAGCCUCUUAUUCGGCUCGCUCUUCCGACCAGGUUGUGGUUUUGAGAGUGUCACUGCACUGCAAAGGAUGUGAGAGCAAAGUGAGGAGACACUUGUCAAAAAUGGAAGGAGUGACGUCGUUCAGCAUCGACAUGGAGACGAAGAAAGUGACGGUGAAAGGAGAUGUGACACCUUCAGGUGUUCUGACGAGCGUUUCUCGGGUGAAGAAUGCUGAGCUUUGGCCAUCUUCAACAGCCUCUUCUUCGCCUUCAUGAUCUACCUGACUUAGUCAAUCGACUGCUGUAGUCAAUAAUGAUAUUUCCCUUUCUGUCUGAAUGGAUUCCCAGGUUAGAGUUCCAAGAGCCCCGUGUGUGUUAUCUUUCAUAAUCUCAAACAUGUAUGGCUGUGCUUUGUAAAUUAUAUUUGAAAGAAACGUUUUGCGUCCACAUGAGCAGAAUCUUGAUCUAUGUACAUGUUUGAAUUAAAGAUAGUUAAAGGGACGGAGAGUUCUGUUGGGUA